AUGCACUCAACUUCCUCUUUCAACAACAAAUUUGUCAGUUAUCAGCAGUAUCCGUGCCACCCAGAGUUAGGCUUUUUUACCCCCAGAUCUCUGCCAAGAAAUAAGAGUGCUAAUACCGGCAAGGCUCCAGGGGAUCAUAGCUUCACGGCUUACUUUGAUGAUUAUACUGAAAAAUUCAUGAUGGGUGGCAACAGUACCAGUAAUGCUGAGACUGACUGCAAUGUCACUAAUGUGACAUUUCAGUACUCCCUCUAUGCAACCACCUACAUCCUCAUAUUCAUCCCUGGUCUUCUGGCCAACAGUGCAGCCUUGUGGGUUCUGUGCCGUUUCAUCAGCAAGAAAAAUAAAGCCAUCAUUUUCAUGAUCAACCUCUCUGUGGCUGACCUUGCUCACGUGCUGUCCUUACCCCUCCGGAUUUACUAUUACAUCAGCCACCAUUGGCCUUUCCAGAGGGCCCUUUGCCUGCUGUGCUUCUACCUGAAGUAUCUCAACAUGUAUGCCAGCAUUUGCUUCCUGACGUGCAUCAGCCUUCAGAGGUGCUUCUUUCUCCUCAAGCCCUUCAGGGCCAGAGAUUGGAAGCGUAGGUAUGAUGUAGGCAUCAGUGCUGCCAUCUGGGUCAUCGUGGGGACUGCCUGUUUGCCAUUUCCCAUCCUGAGAAGCACGGAUUUAGCCAACAACACUGAGUCCUGCUUUGCUGAUCUUGGUUACAAGCAAAUGAAUGCAGUGGCUUUGGUUGGGAUGAUUACAGUUGCUGAGCUGGCAGGAUUUGUGAUCCCAGUAGUCAUCAUCGCAUGGUGUACCUGGAAAACUACUAUAUCCUUGAGACAGCCACCAGUGGCUUUCCAAGGAAUCAGUGAGAGGCAGAAAGCACUGCGGAUGGUUUUCAUGUGUGCUGCAGUCUUCUUCAUCUGCUUCACUCCCUAUCAUAUUAACUUUAUUUUUUACACCAUGGUAAAGGAAACCAUCAUUAGCAGUUGUCCCAUUGUCCGAAGCACACUGUAUUUCCACCCUUUUUGUCUAUGCCUUGCAAGUCUCUGCUGCCUUUUGGAUCCAAUUCUCUAUUACUUCAUGGCCUCAGAGUUUCGUGACCAACUAUCCCGCCAUGGCAGUUCUGUGACCCGUUCCCGCCUCAUGAGCAGGGAGAGUGGUUCAUCAACGAUUGGCUAAAAAUAAAAUAACUCUUUAAUUGUGA